CGGAGAAAUGAUGAUGAGAGCGUGACCUCACCGCUUUCUGCACAGCUGCUGGAGAGAGGAGGAGGAGGAGGAGGCAGUGAGAAACAGAAACACGCUGAGGGAGACAGACGGAGACCCAGAACAGUGAAGCGCACUCAAAACACACCAGGAGCUUUGUGUUUAUAUAAAAAAAAGCAGUGGAGAGCAGCGCGGUGACGCAGCGGGGACCCUCCAAACCACCCGGGUUCACCUCCCAGAAUGUUCUGUUUUUCCCUGAAAAAGUCCCUGCGGCGCAUCCACGCACACUGAAGCCCAGAUGCUCACUCUCUCCGCCGACAUGGACGACUCUUCGUCGCUGCUGGAUCUGUUGGAGUGCUCGGUGUGCCUGGAGCGCCUGGACACCACGGCCAAGGUGCUGCCGUGCCAGCACACCUUCUGCCGCCGCUGCCUGGAGAACAUCGUCAGCUCCAGGAACGAGCUCCGCUGCCCGGAGUGCCGCAUCCUGGUGGACUGCGGGGUGGACGACCUGCCUGCCAACAUCCUCCUGGUUCGCCUCCUGGACGGGAUCAAGCAGCGGCCGCAGCGAGGAGGAGGAGGAGUAGGCAGACAGUCUCUGGCAGGAGGCGCGCUCCAUGGGUACGCAGCCGGGAUAUCCGCCUCCCCUCCGGGGACAGCAAUCAGAGAGCUGCCGGUGGCCACAAGGAGCUCCCCUGUCAAGAACAUUCCAGCACUGCCUUGUGGUAAAGCACUCUACUCGUACGAGGGCAAGGAACCAGGUGACUUACAGUUUUCCAAGGGUGAUAUUAUCAUCCUGCGGCGCAAGGUGGAUGACAACUGGUACCACGGGGAGCUCAACGGUUGCCAUGGCUUCUUGCCGGCUAGUUACAUCCAGCUGCUGCGUCCCCUGAGUCAAACUCCACCCCAGGGUAAAGCUUUGUACGACUUUGAGGUCAAAGACAAAGACCAGGAUAAAGACUGCCUGGCCUUUAGCAAGGACGAGGUGCUGACAGUAAUCAGAAGAGUAGAUGAGAACUGGGCAGAAGGCAUGCUGGGAGACAAGAUUGGCAUCUUCCCCAUUCUUUAUGUCGAGUUAAAUGAAACAGCGAAGCAGCUGAUGGAGAUUGACAAACCCAUGCCAGCUAAUGCACCAGGUCCCAGCUCUGAGCAAGCCCCCUUGGGUCCCUGCACUCCUGGCCCCUCCCCCAGUGCCUCGCCAUCUAAUGGAAAUGGCUCCGGUCACAGGAGAGGCGAAGGGAAGAAAAAUGCAAAGAAGCGUCACUCUUUCUCUGCACUGUCUGUCAGCCAGAGGGCCGCCCAGCUCAACAACAGGCACAGCAUGGAGAUCUCCCACCCGGUCCUCAUCAGCUCAUCUGACCCCAGAGCGGCCGCACGCAUUCAGGAUGCCUCUCCUCCAAGUCCGUCCCCAUCCUCAGCGGGGGUACCGCUGCCCCCCAAAGUGGCAUCUCUUACCUCGGAGCUGCUGGCACAUGCCAAGGUGCAGCUCCCUCUCAACAUGUGAGUACUUCAUCUUUCCU